AUGCCAGUUGCUGAUAUUGAAAAUUGUGCAAAAAUUUUUGAUUGUGAAAAAAAAAACCAAUUCGAUGCAAAACUGUCACAUAGAAUUCUUAUUCUGGCGGGCUUCUUCGUUAAUGAGAACACAGUACAGGAAUAUAUGGAGACCAACUCCAAAAAAUCUCUAACCAUUGAGGAUUUAAAAUCAUUUGCAGGAAAACCCAAAUUUGGUAUUCCCCCUACUAAAGAAAGCAUUAAGAAUAUGUUUGAUCUAUUAGAUGUUGGAAAGUCCGGCAAAGUCGACCUUGAUUUACUUAAGUAUGGAUUAACAUCCAUUGGAACUGACACAUUCAGUAGCUCAGAAACUGAGGAGUUCUACAAAUCUCUGGAUAUUAAUUUAUCUGAAACUAAAGCAAUUUCAAUUGAUCAAAUGAUUGAAAAUUUAAUGAAAAUGCUCUCAGAAUUUGAAUAA